GGUGGAGAAGGUCAGUCCCCACUGGGAGUACAAGAUAUUGGAAACGAGGAUCCAAAGGCCCCCAGAAAAGGAGACUUAUUAGAGGGUCCAGGUACAAAAUCAGAAAGCAGUGAACAGGUUCAAACGACAGUGCCAAAUAAAGUACCGCCGGAGCACAAAACCCAAAAUGAAAUGUUAACUCCGGAACAAAUGACCAAUGAAGGCCAAAGCACGGAUACAUCCACGAACAUACCCGAACUACAAAAGGAAAAUAAGGAAUAUCCUGCCUCUACAGAAGCUACGGCGCAGAGUACAUCAACUGGCAGUCAAGAACAAGAAGCUGAGCCAUCUACAAGCGAAGAAUUUUCCCCUUUUGAGGAGGAAGAAUCCACAGGGACGAAGACAACCGAGGAUGCUCAAACUCCGGAUGCUGCGGCGACAGAAAAACGCCAAACUGGAGAUAAUGUAAAGGUUGGCGACAGUGACAGCAGCACCGCGGUGUCCCACACCACCUCCCCUCUUUUGCUUCUUCUUCCUGUUGCGUGUGCGGCUGCUGCUGCGGUGGUGGCCGCGUGA